AUGAACGGCGGUCGGUUUGAUUUCGAUGAUGGGGGCACGUACGUGGGAGGCUGGGAGGAGGGGAAGGCUCACGGCCACGGUGUGUGUUCCGGUCCUCAAGGAAAAGGCGAAUACGCAGGCGCUUGGCACUACGGUUUCGAGAGGAGAGUGGACACAGGGUCAGAAAGGACGGUACGGAGUCCGAAAUUCGGCCACCUCCCAAGCCCGAUACCAAGGCACGUGGUCUGGCGGAUACCACACGACGGCUAUGGGACGGAGAUCUACGUGGAUGGUGGCAACUAUCAGGGCCAAUGGUUACGCGGUUUACGCCAUGGUUAUGGCACCAGGCGUAGUGCCACACAUGGACAAGCGGCUAAACUUCGGCCCAAAUCACAUACGCAUGCCUCUCUGACAAGUCUACGAAGUGGUCGAGGUGAUGAGGAGAACGAAGACGACGAAGAAAAAGAACAACAUAAUGGGCGAAGUGGAUUUGUACUGAAGGCGAACAGCAAUGCACCAGCAAGGCGGAGAAGCAGGUCAACGUUAUCGAAACGGAUCAUUGCCGUGAAAACGGACGAGCCCUGUCUGGACUUCCGGAUAAAGAAGCAGCACUCGACGGGCGACAUCCAUCAACGAGUCACAAGAAGCCUUCGUUCGAGUGGGAGCACGAUGAGUUGCACUUCUGAGGACUCACUUCAUCAUCACCACAAGUCCUACACGAGCACUGAGGUGAGCCCAGCGCCUCUGUGGGCGCGCUUUACAUGA